CAGCGCCAAAUUGCCCCCUCGUCGCAAGCAUUUCGCCGCAUCCUAAAACAGUAAGCCGCCCCUAUUUUAGUUCCAGCCGCCCCUAUUUUAGUUCCAGCCGUGCCUUCGUGUGCCUAGACAAGCUGGCUGUGGGCAGCGUGCUCGCUCGACAUUGACGCCAUCAUUGGCGUGGCGGCAUUGCCAUUGGCAGACAGGUUCCCAUCUCUCACGCAAGGUCACUAGGUGUUACCCGUUAUUACGCAUGGUAGCCAGGCGUGAGGCGCAGCGAUGUUUCCGCAGUGGCCGCUGCUCUGCUGCUGCCCCUGCUGCUGCGGCCUCUGGACCUACCGUCGUUGCACGCGCUCUGCCGAGGCAACCAGCGACCAAUGGCCGCUCGCCACGUGUGCCGAGUUCCACGACGUGCCUCGCCUCUGCCACCUCCUCAGCGCCGUCUAUCAAAUGCAGCGCGCCGAGCCGCAUUUUAGAGGGUUCAUAAACGAGGAGUGCGUGGCCAGUCGCGCAGGGUACGAGGAGACCAAGGGGCGGUGCCCGCCGUACAUGAUCUACGUGGACCACGACGCGCGCGACAUCUGCCUGGCGGUGCGCGGAUUGAAUACCGCGCAUGUCGCCGACUACGAGGUCCUGCUGGACAACAAGAAGGGCGCCGAGCGGUUUGACGGCGGGUUCGUGCACGGGGGCAUGGUGCGGGCGGCGGCGUGGCUGCUGGACCAAGAGAUGGGCACGCUGGCCAUGCUGGCGCGCUGCCACUCCGCGUACUCGCUCACGCUAACGGGGCACUCGCUGGGCAGCGGGGUGGUGGCCAUGGCGACGGUGAUACUGCAUGCCAGCAAGGGCGAGCUGGAGUUCAGCGCUGGGCGGCUGAGGUGCUUCUGCAUGGCGCCCGCUCGCUCCAUGUCGCUCAACCUCGCGAUUAAAUACGCUGACAUAAUUAAUUCGGUGGACGACUUUCUCGCGCGCACAUCAGCUCCAGUUCGGUCGGCGCUCGCUGCUGGCUUCUGCCUCCCCUGCAUGCUGCUGCGCAAGUACUACGAGGACGCCCGCAUCUCCACGGCCGACAAGCUCAAGGACCCGCGCCGCCUCUAUGCACCCGGCAGGCUCUUCCACGUGCUGUACCGCCCGCACAUGAGUGUCACCCAGCUGCCCCACCCCCUGGUGAAGACGGCGGUGCCGGUGGACGACCGCUUUGAGCGCCUGGUGCUCUCACCCUCGCUCAUCCACGACCACAUGAUCGACCAGAUCGAGACCAAAUGCGCUCUCGCCCUCCAUGCCAUGGAGGCGGAGCAGCAGGCGCAGCACGCGCCCCCCGAGCAGCAGUGCAUGCAGCGCAGCGGGACGGCCAAGGAGCGGCGCGGCGAGCACCUGGAGGCGCUGGCCCGGGCGGUGUCGCUGCACGUGGCGCAGGCCGUGGACCCCCUCACCAUGCCGCACACCCCCACAGAUGAGGGCGCGCAGGCGGAGGGGGGGAAGAUGGCGGGGGAGGAGGGCGAGCAAGGAGAGAAAGAGGGGGGAGAGGGGGGAAAGGGAGGGGCGGAGGGCGAACCGGGUAAGAUGGAGAGGCAAGGGGACGGUGAGGCGGCAGAAGGAGGCAUUGAGAAAAUGAAGGCGGAGGUGGGGAAGGUGGUGGAGGUGGUUGCGGGCAAGUGGAGUGCAAUAGUGGACGACCUGCUUGCCAAGGCAGCUUUAGAGGUCACCAGGGUGGCUCCAGGGCUGGCUGACGACAAUGCCCACGAAUGGAAAUAAUGGAAAACAGUGCCUCGGCUUGUUUGUAUUCCGUUUUAUUUA